AUGGCAUCAUAUCGCCAAUUGUCCACCCAUAUUAUGAGCAAAUUCACUGAAACCGCUUUGGCCGUGUUUGCCCUCGUGUCCGUCUACUUGGCCUUUGUGUCCAAGGUCAUUCCUACUCCGGCAAUCUUCUACAACGAGAUCGUGCCUGUGUUGCCAUUCUGGGCUCUUGUCAGUUUCGGGUCCUACGCCUUGUUCACCUUGGGCUGGGGUGUUUUCACCUUCAACGAUAAGGAGGAAAAAUACCACGAGUUGUUGUCGGAGAUCGAAGAAGCCAAGGUCUACUUGAAGAAGAACGGUGUCACCGUCGAUUAAGUGCCGACCCAUGACGCGGAUUCUUGCUGAAUCGGUACUGGAGCCCGGGAGCUAUGUGCAAUUAUAAGUUACGUUUAAUAUAUGAAGCAUGAAAUAAACAACAAGGGUGUAGAGUUAAAGCUUGGAGGCUAAAGAUAUAGAGCGAUUGCUUUUAGUUUGGAGGUCAAAGGGUGUAUAUUCCGAGAGAUUGCUGGCGACGGUAAUAAAGCACAGUGUUGUGGCCUGGAACCAACAGAAACGGUGGGUAGAAUAAGGAUCG